AUGUCUAUAGCAGAAGUUCAGCCAAUGCUCAGCGAGUCCCAGGCCUCAGAGCUGAUUGGCCGUCUCUUUGGGUGGACUGUGUCAAAGAUCCGCCCACUGCCCAGCUAUUAUGACCAGAACUUUCACGUGGUGGUCAGUGAGGGGGGCGAGUAUGUGCUAAAGAUCACAAACUUCGUGCUCAGCCGAAACCUGGACACAUAUGAGGUGGAGAACCACACCAUGGCCUUUAUGCACCAGCAUGGACUGCCUGUGCAGACCGUCCUGCCAAUGCUCACCGGGACCAUGAUGAGUCUGGAGAACAUUGACUGUGGGUCUGGCAGUCAGAAGUACUUGGUGAGAUUAUUGUCCUACUUGCCUGGCACCACCAUCAGUACGGUCCCCUGCAGCCCACUGAUGCUCUACCAGGUUGGAAGGAUCGCAGCCACAAUGGACACAAUACUGCAGAGGAUGGAGCACCCCAAGCUGUCGGCCCUCCAGCGGGAGAACAACCUGUGGGACCUGGGUAAUGUGCAUCUGCUGGAGCCCUACCUGCCAGCGUUGGAGGGAGAAGAGAAUCGUGUCGUGAAGGACAUCAUGAAUAUGUUCAAGACACAAGUCCUGCCCAAUAUGAGCUCCUUUCACAAAUGUACAAUUCAUGGGGAUUUCAGCGAUCAUAAUAUCCUAGUGGAGCCAGAUGAUGUGAUCGGCUACAGAAUCUCGGGAAUCCUGGACUUUGCGGAAAUAAGCAGUGGCUACUACGUCCUUGAGCUGGCCAUCUCCAUCAUGUACAUGAUGACCGAGAGCCGAAGUCCGCUGGAAAUUGGGGGAGCGGUUUUAGCGGGCUUCGAGAGCGUCUUCCCGCUGAACGAGGCAGAGCGGGAUGCCCUCUACGUGCUGGUACUGGUCAGAUUCUGCCAAUCCCUGGUACUGGCCCACUAUUCAGUCACUCUGUACCCCGAAAACAAAGAAUACCUGAUGGUCAGUGCGGGCAAGGGGGUCGGACAUCUAUUCAUGCUCUGGAAGAUGGGCAAGGAGGCGGUGCUCAGGAAGUGGGUGGAAGAUGCUAGAGAAUACUCAGAGACAGGAAGUGAUGACAGAGCGGAUGUGCUCCAUGGAAGCAGUAGUGUGAUGCAGGCAAUACCUACACGGUUGUAAAGCGCACUUUGAUGCAAAAAAAACACGUCUUGAUCGGUAAAACCACUAGAGAUAACAAGAAAGAACAAUGCAGUCCUCUUUCCCAAAGGAGGGCUGAAACUGAUGAUUAGUCCAAUAACUGCCUGCAACAAGUCAAACAACUGCUAAGACUUCACUGAUGGUAUUGAUAUUGCUAAAGCCCCCCUCUGAUCCCUAAGCAAUAAAUCGUCUCUACCAAUAGUCAUUAUUCAUUAUGCAUUAUUUCUAUUGAGUUGAAAGCAUUUUCAGGAGCAUUUGAAAACUAGCAUUUCUAUGUACGUAAAUAGAAUGUCAAACACAAAAAGUGUAUUUUUUCUAAAAAAGCAACUUCCUACCUUACGAACAGCAAAACAGUUAUUUCAAUUAGACAUUCCAGUGCCAAGUAAAUUACCUAAAGCAAGCUACUACUUGAAAAAACUAUGAUCUACCCAUCAUGACCUUUGCCUCUGCUUGGAAACCCCUUACACUUACAGUGACCGUACAGUG